GGUUCUUCUUUCUUUCCCUCUCUUUCGCUCCAGAGCCUCAUUCCUCGUCGAUUCUCCUCCUCCGCAGACGGACAAUGAAACGUGCGGAGAGCAUCUCAGCAGAAGCGAGGAAUGGACAGCGUUGAGGGUGGCUUGCUGAGGGAAGAAGAGAAGGGGCAAGGCGAGUCGUCGGAAGUCGACCGCUGGGCUGUUCUGGCGUGCUUCCCUUCCCCAACGAGCAUCCUCUGGGGUUGAGCCUGUUGAUCUUGGCCUCACCAUGACAGCUCACGGCUUCUGGGACCUCUGGAUAGCGGUGGCUUCUGCUGCGUUCCUGCUGGUCCGCGGACAAUAUCCCCCAAGUGGCAGCACGGACAACGGUCACUGGAGGCAGAUGAUCCAGUGGGAGAACAACGGAAGGCUGUACAGCCUACUGAACUCAGGCUCGGAGUAUGUUCCUGCCAGCCACGUAAGAGCUGAGAGCAGUGCCAGGGUGAUGUUGGCCGACGCUGCCACGAACCAAGGACGAAGGGGUCCAGGGAACACUCGGAGGCAGGCACCAACCUUACCAGUCCGGUCAGGAUCGGACAUGAUCCGGGGACAGACGAGGCACCCCUUCGGCUUCGGACAGGUCCCGGACAACUGGAGGGAAGGAGCCACCGGAGAUGGUAGCAACUCCAACUCCCAGCGUCCGUGGUCAGCCUCUCCGCGCCAGCGGCACAUUGGCACUGCCUCCUCCUCCUCCUCUUCCUACGUGGCCUAUGGACAGCUCUACCCACAGGGCUCCUAUCCUCAGCCCCCUUUCGUCAAUCACCACGAGGCCUAUGACCCGCAGGUGCCCCGGGUUUAUGACGAGAGCUACAAUUACUACCGCACCACAGGGACGGGAGGGGGCGCUGUGGCUGCCGCCGCUGCCAGCGCUGGAGUGGUGUACCCCUUUCAACCCAGAGUGCGCUAUGAAGAGUAUGCUGAGGAGCAGAGUCCCUACCGAGCUCAGCCCUACCCCCCUGUCCAGGAGAGACCUUACGUGGCUUCUCCCCAGCAGCUUCCAUCCUCGGAUGGCUUGGACAGACGGUAUGCCCACAGCCUCUAUCACGACACUGGAACCAGUUUUGACCAAAACGUCCCAGAUGCCUAUGCCUCCACCCAGAACCAGGGCCAAGGGGUCCCUCUAGCAGACAACCUUCAUAUCCACUCGGGAUCACCUGUGAACGCUGGGACCAGGUAUGGGAAUGAGCCAUGGGCCAGGCAACAUCCUCCCUUUGGGGAGGUUCCCGAAGAGCCCUACAUUCCCCCUCGCAACGUGGAACCUCAGCCACCUUUCCGGCCCUUAGACCCCCAUGGGGUCCCUCGGCCUGAACCCUACCUUCCUAUCCGGAAUUCUGAAACUCCCCAGUUGAUUCCAGACAACCAAGGAGUCAACCAAGGCCGAAUGAGUGUGGGCAUCUACAGACCACAUCAGAAUGGACGUGGUCUCCCUGACCUUGUACCUGAUCCAAACUAUGUCCAGGCUUCCACUUAUGUUCAGAGAGCUCACCUCUACUCACUCCGUUGCGCAGCAGAAGAGAAGUGCCUCGCAAGCACUGCCUACACUCCGGAAGCCACAGACUACGACAUCCGGGUACUACUGCGUUUCCCGCAGCGCGUGAAGAACCAGGGGACGGCCGACUUCCUGCCCAACCGAGCUCGUCAUGCUUGGGAAUGGCACAGUUGCCAUCAGCAUUAUCACAGCAUGGAUGAGUUCAGCCAUUAUGACUUGCUGGACGCUGCCACGGGUAAGAAGGUGGCCGAGGGUCACAAAGCUAGCUUCUGUCUAGAAGACACCACGUGUGACUUCGGGAACCUCAAGCGCUAUGCCUGCACAUCACACACCCAGGGCCUGAGUCCAGGUUGUUACGACACUUACAAUGCUGACAUAGAUUGCCAAUGGAUUGAUAUCACGGAUGUCCAGCCUGGGAAUUAUAUCCUAAAGGUUCAGGUGAAUCCCAAAUACAUCGUGAUGGAAUCGGACUUCACCAACAACGUGGUCAGGUGCAAUGUUCACUACACCGGGCGCUACGUCGCCACCACGAACUGCAAAAUCUCCCAGUAA